CACCACAACUACGUCACGUCCCAGAGUUCUCUAUGUUUUUAUCGAGGCAGAACGCCUUAUAAUGGUAUUUCUCGGUUAACUUAAGGGGAGACAUUGACAGCUUAUUAUUAUUAUUAGGAUAUAACACAUAUCAUCACCCUCUGGUUUUGGGACUGGCAGGGAAACCUUUGGUUUUGUUCAUACCACUAUCUUUGUGGAACUAUUGUUUUCACUUCCCAGUUUCCGGUCGGAGCAAUACACUGGGAACACGAAAUGGCGACCUCUUUGCUGCGGUUAGGGAGACUUGGUUCCCUCAAGUGUCUCCAGCUGGAGAACCGGGGCGUCCUGAGGAGUCGCCCGGCUGCUUGGUUCUGCACUGAGGCUGAAGAGCCUGCAAAGCCAGUGAAAAAGACCAAGGCUAAAAGCAAGACAGAGGCUCCAGAACAGAGAGCAACCUUGCUAGCCUAUAAGACAACAGUUGCCUUCCCAUCUAGACUUUCAGAGCCUGGAGUUUUCCCAACACACACUCUAGGUGUAGCUGAACCAGUGGCCAGCCCCACGGCCACCGCAGACACUAUUGUAGCUGCAGCACCUGUCACUGCUACCAGUGAACCAGUUGUAGCUGAGCCAGAAGCAGCAGAGGCUCCAGCUGCUCACCCAGAUGUUGUACAUGUUAUUGCUGACACAGCUCUACCUGUAGUUGAUACCGCUCCCCCAGCUGCUGAGCCCCUAGUUGAUGCAAAUAGUAAAACCUCAGCACCAGACGACACUCUACUCCCAGCCGCCUCAGCCUCCUCUGAGCCUGGUGAUCCAGCAGGUGACAGAUCAUCCUCCUCAUCAUCCAGCGAUUCAGACUCAGACUCAGACUCAGACUCAGACUCUGAGGGGGAGAAGUCAGAUGUAAAGACCGAAACCAAGACCUCACCACAAGAGGUGUCAGAAUCCACUGUGAAAGAACAAGCAGGAGUCCAGGAAGACCAAUUAGAGGUCAAUGAAGACACUAAUGAAGCUAAGAUGGAAGUUCCACCAGAACCUGAAGCUACUCCAGCUUGUGCUGAUGAGGAUCCACAGGAAGCCCCUCCAGCAGCAGUAACAGCCCCCACAGAAGCAGCUCAAGCUACCGUUGAGGCAUCCAGCGUUCGCUCUGAGGAGUUAGUGGACCCCGCUCCUGAGAUCUGCACUGCCACCAAAGACGCUGUGACCAGCCAGGAAGUUUCAGCUGAAGCUCCAGUGGAACCCACUACAAAAGACGUUGCAUCUCAUGCCAUCCUUGACGCCCAAGUGAUCGAGCCUGCAUCUUCGGAAAAAGCCCAGACUGAUGCUCCAGUAGAAACCACAGAGAGUGCCUCUGCUGAAGCCCCCACAAAAGCUGCACCCGUAGAAGCUGCUGAUGAAGCGGCUGGAGAGCCUGUUGAAGUGGCUGGCGAGGCUGCCACGGUAUUUUCUGCCCCAGUGGAGAGCACUGAGGAGCUGGUGGAUCAUGCCCCAGUAGAGGCUGGAGCUGCUCCAGAAGAAGAUGUAGCUGCCCCUGUUGAAGCUGCUGCUGAGCCUGUCGUUGUGUCUGCUGAGACUGCAGCUGAAGUUUCUGCCCCAGUGGAGAGCACUGAGGAGCUGGUGGACCCCGCUCCAGUGGUCGCUGAAGCUGCAGGGGAGGAACUGCAGGCGGACGCCCCAGUUGAACCAGUUGAACCGUUUGAGGAGGCUGCAGCAGCGGCACCUCAAGAGCCCGAGGAGCCUUUUGACAACAGCACUUAUAAAAACUUGCAGCACCACAACUACACCCCCUACACAUUUGCCGACCUGGAUGUAGAGAUGGCCAAGUUUCGUCUACCGCAGCCAUCCUCCGUCAGACACUAGAGGAGCUACCCUUGCUGCAAACCUUUAUUUUGCUUAAAGAUAAUGGUGAUGGUGUUGGACCUUUUUAUGCUGAUCAUUCCAUCACCUGUAAUAUAUGCAUGCGAUUCUGCUGUUAAAAUGUAAUAUUAAAGCACAUAAAUGGGAAA